AUGCAGCUCUUGUUCCAACGAAACGGGCUCGUGUUGGCACGAUGCAGCGGUCCGAUUUUUUUGUUGGUCGGUUGUGCAAAACCGGAAUGUCUAGUGUUGUCAGCCUGUGCUGGCAUGCCUUCAGUGCUUACUGCUUGCAAAGCUGAGCUUUGUGCUCAGGCACGGUACCACGGCUCUGAGGCUGCCCAAAGUUGCCCGAAGGAAAAACAAUACAUGGGUGUUGCAAGCACACAAUUUGGAUUCAUUCCCUUUGGAGUUCAUGAGGGAACAGUCAGCAUGUCGAUGUUUGAAGUUUUGUAG